AUGCUAUACUCAUGUAUUCUUGCUAUCGGUAAUACGGGGAAUGGAAAAAGCUUUACAGCAACCAUUUUUGGGGCGAAAAAUGUGAGAAUCGGACAUUCAACCAAGUCCGAAACUGAUACAAUUACGAUUCAUAAUAUUAAAAGUGGAGAUUUCUACAUAGAUACACCUGGGUUCGAUGACUCUGACGAACAUAAGGACGAUGAGGAUAUUAAACGUUCUAUGUUCUUUAAGAUGAUGGACGCGGGAAUUGAGAAUAUAACAACAGUCUUGUGGUUCGUGACGCCUGACGACAGAGCGAAAGCUUCAUAUAAACGUCAAGCAAAAUUUAUAGAAUCCUUGGCGAAAUACUAUAACGGAAAUGCAUGGGACAAUACCAUCAUCGUAACCAAGGGUUCAAAGGACAUGAAUAGUGCUGGCCCUCGUGAUGCUGCCAAAGAAGUGGCCACUUCGCUUUCAAAAACUGGCGAAUUUAAGAUUUUAUUAUAUGAAAGUUUACCGUCUGAUAAUGUUUAUAAAAUGUUGCAACUCACAAGUGAUCAAUUAAAUGGAUUUGGUGUUUAUAAAGAAUCGGAACCUGAACGAAUCCUUGCAAAGUAUGAAUCGUUAAUGGAAGGACAUGUCAACCGUCCAAUAGCUCUCAAAAUUAGAAAAGUCAAGUGCUCGAAAUGUCCCGAGGAAACUGACCCAAGACUAGCAUCGCCUAAUUGUCAUUUGGAAUCUGAAUCGUUUCACCCCAAUUCAGAGUCUGUUCAUCAAGGAAAAGUGAUAGAUAUACAUCCAGCUUCCGAUUUUUAUAAACACUCUAAACAUUAUGUUGCAGCUACUACAAAACAAGUGUUUGAUGAUAGUCCCCCGCUUGGACCACCUGAGUUCGUAUCUGGAUAUUGGAAGUGCUGCAAAGAUAAAGAUGCUAAUGCACCUGGAUGCAAAAAAGUUUAUCGUUGUUGCGACAAAGAUUAUCAAUCUUCGGGAUGUGAAAAAAUUUACGAUGGGUGCAAACACAAAGUUUGGGAAACUGCUUGUCUUACAAUCUGCAAAAACUGUAAGAAAAAAUUGGAUGAUAUAGGUUGCAAAUCGAGGUGCAAGAAUUGCAAAUAUGAUAAUCCACUUAGUAUAAAAGGUUGUAUCGAUGUAUCACACAAUUUUCCCUAG